GGAGGAGAAAGACAGAAUGGACAAAAGUUGAGUGGAGGAAUGUGAGUCUGUCUGAAGGGAAAUAAAGGCGUCCUGAUGGGAGAGAAGUUUUGGAGGCAAAAGGAAAUUCUGACAUAAAAAUACGCGUCUCGAUUCCAAAAACAACACAGCUCUGGUUGAGAAACUCUUUCGGGGUUUGUCUUCAGUCGCUUCUGCUGCUGCCUUCACGUCCAGGAUUAUUCUAAAAAGUUUUUGAGCUUAAAGAAGGGAGGAAAGGAAUAAAAAAGAAGAAGAAGAAAGGAAGAAUUAACCACAGCUGCUAUUUGAAACUUUUUCUACGGAGUGUGUUUUUGUUCGCGGUGUGAGCGAUGCGAUGCUGACACGACCCGGCUCUGAUUCUCACUCGACACCGAAGAGGAGCUCGAUCAUGCCCGGCUCGAACCUGCUGCUCCUCGCGCUGCUGCUCGCGACACUGCUGCGCCUCGGCCCCGCGGAGCUGCUGUCCGGGUUGUAUUUCACAGAGAGCCCUAAGAACGUGACGUCCUCUCUGGGGAAGCCCGUGUCUGUCCAGUGUAUCCUGCGAUCUGACGGCGAGGGCCCGGGGCCCCUGGAUGUGCUCUGGCUGAAGGAUGGAGAGCCGCUGGACAUCGCCGACACCAACCAGAUGCAGCUCCCUGAAGAUGAGGACGGCUGGCUGGUGAUUAGUACACUCAAGAUAGAGGAGGUUCAGCUCUCAGAUAUGGGCUCCUAUCAGUGUUCGGUUUCUUCCGGUGAAGAGGAGAUUCUAUCCUCUGAGGGAUACAUUGAACUAGAAGGUCUGCCUCAUUUCUCGGUAGAGCCUCAGCAUGUGUCGGUCGUGGCUAACAAAGAGCUGAGUCUGCUGUGUGUGGCUCACGGUCCUCCGGAUCCGGUGAGGGUCAUCUGGCUUCAGGACGGGGCUCCUCUCAAUCAGCUGGAUGACCCGGUCUCCCUGUCACCCUCCACCCUCAGGAUCUCAGGUUUGAAUAAAAGCAGCUCUUUCUCGUGUGAGGCUCACAAUCGUAAAGGUGUGGCGUCGUCUGGCACAGGUGUAGUGACCGUUCUUCCUUCCCAGCCAUACGACAUUAAAGCUGAAGAAAUCACCAACUCAAGCAUCCGUCUGUCCUGGCACAUGGGCUUCGGAGGAAUAUAUUCCAUCAGCCACUGCACUGUUCAGGUCAAAGCUGCAGGUGAAGACUCUGAAGACCUGAUCUCCAGUCAGACGGUCAGUGCAGCGGUCAGCAGCCGUCUGAUCUCGGGUCUGGAGGCCUUCAGCAGCUAUGAUCUGAGACUGGCCUGUCACAGCAGCGAGGGCGUCUCGGACUGGACGGCCUGGACCAGCGUCAGCACCAGAGAAGGAGUUCCAGACUCGGCUCCAGACAAUGUGACAGUGUUGGUGAACGGAACCGAAGUGCUCCUGAGAUGGUCAGAACCUCUAGGGAAGAUGAACGGUCAGCUGCAGGGAUACCUGAUGGAGUACAGCGCUCCUAACACCGAGCAGGUUGUGGUGGACACGGGUCUGGAAACAGAGCUGUUUGUCAAUCUCUCAGCUCCGCUGUCGAACGUCUCCUUCAGAGUGUGUGCCUACACCGGAGCGGGGUCGGGGCCCUGGACGGCCCUUCAGACCAUCACGCUCAUCCCUGCAGAAACGGGGCAGUCCAGAGGUAUCUUGAGCGCCCCAGCGUUCUCCUGGCACUGGUGGUACGUGGUGAUGGCCAUCGCAGCCGCCGUGGCUCUAGCCGUGCUCCUGGCCGUGUACGUGACCCGGUUGAGGCGGAAGGAGACGCGCUUCGGCGAGGCGUUUGAGCCCAUGAUGGAGAGCGGUGAACUCGUCGUUCGUUACCGAGCUCGUCGAACCUACAGCCGGCGCACAACAGAAGCCACGCUGAACUCUCUGGGGAUCAGCGACGAGCUGAAGCAGAAGUUGCAGGACGUGAUGGUGGACAGACACAAGCUGACCCUGGGAAAAACACUCGGGGAAGGCGAGUUCGGCUCAGUCAUGGAGGGUCUGCUCUCUCAGGAGGACUCUGUGCUCAAAGUGGCAGUGAAGACCAUGAAAAUCGCUAUCUGCACUCGCACAGAAAUGGAAGAUUUCCUGAGAGAGGCGGCGUGCAUGAAGGAGUUCGAUCAUCAGAACGUCAUGAGGCUUCUGGGUGUGUGUCUGCAGACGGUGGAGAGUGAAGGCUAUCCCUCUCCUGUGGUCAUUCUUCCCUACAUGAAGCACGGAGACCUCCACAGCUACCUGCUGUACUCCAGACUCGGAGACACACCUGUGUAUCUGCCCUCUCAGAUGCUGGUGAAGUUCAUGACGGAUAUCGCCAGAGGAAUGGAGUACCUGAGCGGAAAAAACUUCAUCCACAGAGACCUUGCCGCUCGAAACUGCAUGUUGAAUGAGAACAUGAAUGUGUGUGUGGCGGACUUCGGCUUGUCCAAGAAGAUUUAUAAUGGAGACUACUACAGACAAGGGCGCAUCUCUAAGAUGCCUGUGAAGUGGAUCGCCAUCGAGAGUCUGGCGGACAGAGUGUACACUACUAAGAGUGACGUGUGGUCAUUCGGAGUGACAAUGUGGGAGAUCGCGACUCGAGGUCAGACGCCGUACCCUGGUGUGGAAAACAGCGAGAUCUAUGACUAUCUGAGGCAGGGCAACCGUCUCAAACAGCCUCCAGAUUGCCUGGACAGCAUCUACUCUCUGAUGUUCUCCUGCUGGCUCUUGAGCCCGAAGGACAGGCCCAGCUUCCAGAUCUUACGCUGCGAACUCGAGAAGGUCUUGGAGGAUCUUCCCAGCCAGGACCCUGAUGAGAUACUCUAUGUCAAUAUGGAGGAGACCUCGGGAGAGCUGGGGGCCGUGGGGGGCCGUGAUCCCAUGAUGGGGCUCCCGUGCGCUCUCGGGGCCCUGAAGGGCUCGGGCUCCGUGGCCACUGUAGAAGUUCAUCACCCCAACCGCUACGUGAUCUGCCCUCAGCACGAGAACCAGCGGCUCCUCAACGCCGACUCCAUCGAGAGCCUGAGUCUGCCGGGGCCCGGGCCCCAGCCUGAGUCCUGCUCCACCCCAGUGCCGCCUCUGAAGGACCAUCUGAGCACCGAGACGAGAAGAAGAGAGCGCCGUGGCAGUGACCUCGCUGACAGGACAUAGACUGCCUCUCCAGGAGAGCUGAGCUGAGCUGAUGCUCCUGCCCCUUCAUUUUGCACAGACACACACACACACACACACACACACACUCACUCCAUUAUGUCUUUAUGCUUUUCAGACAAAUGUUUCCUUUUCAUUCCAAAUUGUCCUUCAUGUUCAGCGUGGGUCUUGAGAAAUCAAAUCAAUUGUAGUCAUGAUUAACAAUACACUAAUUUUUCAGGAAAAAGACAUGUGUGACUCUGGAUCACAGAAGCAGCAGAGAUAUAUUCAUAGAAGUAGACAACAAUACACUGUAUGGGUCAAAAUAAACCAAAAUCAUUAGGAUAUUAAGUAAAGAAUAUGUUCCGUGAAGAUAUUUUGUAAACUCACUGUCAUAAAUUUUUGAUUAGUAAUAUGCAUUGCUAACUUUACAUGAAAGAUGAUUUCCUCAAUAGUUAGAUUUUUGGCAACCUCAGCUUUCAGGGGUCUCAUUUAGAAAGUGUGUGCACUUUUAGAUUUGAUCUAGAGUGUGUUUUGACGUGGAAAAGGGUCCGAGGAGACGUACACACUUUAUGGUGAAAAUGUAAGCUCACUGUUCUAAAUUAUAAUGACUGGUGGUAUUUUAAAUGUUAAUGACAUUCAUUCACAAUUAUUUGUCUCAUCUGAAAGAGAGGUGUACAUAACGUACAUAAAUCCCAGAGAUGAUCGUAAGAUCAGCACAACAUUUUAUAAAUGAGGCCCCAGAUUUGAAAUAGUUGUCUCUUCAUACGUUGUCCUAUCCUAAGAAACCAGACAUCAGUGGAAAGCUCAUUUAUUCAGCUUUCAGAUGUUUUUUUAAUUUUCUCUUAUGACAUGGUUUUGUGGUCCAGGGUCACAUGUGUCUAUUCAUUUUGAUUAAUGAUGUGUGCAGCAGAUAUAUUGGAGUGAUCGCACUAAAGCGGGUUCACACUGCAUUGAUCUUCACUUACCAGCUGUUUUGAGGAAAUCACUAAAAAUAGCUGAAAAUGACAUCAGUGGUGACCCACAGCCAAUCAGAGAGCACGGUACAGGGUGAGGGAGGGUACACGAGUGCACUGAGAGUGUACUAGAUUGCCUCUGAAAAUCAUGCAGUGUAUUCCCAGCUUUAGUAAGGCUUGUUUAGGAGUUGUAUUGCCUUUUAAAGACCUUUUAGACCUCUUACCUUUUAUAGCCAGAAAGCAAGCACCAAGAAUACCAUAGUAAACACAUGACACCGUCCUGAAAAGCACUGCACACUCUUUAAAGCUGGUUCCGUUUUUGCAGCAACUCAAAGAACCCUUCAGUGAUCAGUUAUCUCGUCUUAGAGUGAAGAAGAUUUGUAACUAUCUGAAGAACCUUUUUUCACUAUAAUGUUGCUUUUGUUUGGUACCUUGAAUGCCUAUAAAGGACCUCAUUUUUAAGAGUGUGUUUGUAGAGGCAGGGCUAUGGAAGACGAGCAACUAAUCAAAUGUGGUGUUGCAUGCUUUCAUCACAUUACACCGGGUCUAGAGACUCGGCACACAUCCUGGAAUCUGCUGAUAUUAAUCACACUAUAUGUUCAUCAUCAACUCAGGAGAUGGCUGGGUUUACUAUGACCGAUGACACAAAGGUCAGACUGAGUGAAUGCCACAAACUAUCUUGACACUGCCGGUCUCUCGAACGAGACACGACUGCUCAGAGUACUGUCCACUCUCUCUAGUCUCCUGACCAGCGUCUUCAUCCAAAGAAACACAUAGAGGACGAGGACAGUAUCGUGCAUUCCCACGUGUCUGAGGUGUUCUGAUCCAGCAGGGUUUUUAACAUUGCUUUGAGACCAGUUUUGUGGUUUCUCUUAAGGUUUAGAGUAGAAAGGGCAGUAGACUAGACUAAGCCAGUCUGUGCUCCUCAAGGCCCUGCCCCAGACUCAAGCACAGUGAGUACAUUUUAUAUUUUGCACUAAUCAUUGUUUGUAUUUUGUUGUUUAUGCGUUUCUUUUUUUACCUGACACGGAUGUUUUAGACAAUGCAAUGAUGUACAUUUACCUUAAUAUUAUCAUGUUAUGAUAAUAUUAAAAAGGCUGUUUCAAAAUAAGUUCAAAAUACAGUCUAAAUAUGGUCAAUUGAUGAAAUGAUUUCUUCCAGUCUAAUCUGAAAUCGAAAUCACCGAAAUGGACACUUUAAAACCAAAUCAUUUUUACAUCAUAGUACCAAUCAUUGGGAAAUAAUUGCUACGGUCUUUUUUCUUCUUCACUGUAAUGUGGUACUAAGGCUGUCUGAGGUACAUUAUUAUACAACAGAACUGUAAUGUAUGUUAUAAUUUUAAUGAGCACACAUGUAAGCUUGACCUGUGAUGGAUAUUUCUGCUGUCCGCACUUCACCUGGUCUGGAUAUAUUUGUCUUUCAGUCGCUGUCUUUCAUGAAGAGAAACAGUGUGUGGAUCUGAAGUGUCUCAAAUCUGCAUAACCUGACCCUCAUGUGAUAUUUCUGUACAAAAACCCUUGUAUUUUCAGCAACAUUGCAAUAUUAGAUAUUCUUUUGCCGUGAUGAUCAAAUGAUGGAGAAGAGCACUAUCCAGGUGUCCAGUGUAGUAAAGCUCAAGUUUUGUAUUCACUAUUGACAGAAGCACACUGCAAAGUGCCUUUGAAAGCCAGUAUUUUGCCUUAAAAUGGCUCAGUUUACGGUGUUUAGCUUUAGAUUUAUAUGUUUAAUGUUGUCUAGAUAACAUCAGUGACAUUAUUGUGAUUUUGAUAUGCUUUGUAUUAAAAUAAAUACUACCUGCACAA